CACUUGCGGACGCCUACAGACAUGCUUUAGUACGUACAAUGAAUAUGAACAAAGACGAGCAUUACAUUUUCGACCUCAAACCUGAUCUCUUGGAUUCCUUGCAACUUCUUCAUUUUGAUGAGUCUUUGUCUGUCGUGGAUGUGGCCCCAGUGAAAGUCGCAGAACAAAUUUCAGAGACGCAAACGGCAACCAAAGUGAAAGAUCUCAGUGAAUGUUUAACAUGCAAGCUUGAAUUCAGCAGUGAUGCAACUCAAAAAGAAAGAAACAGACACUACAAAUCCGAUAUACACCGUCUCAACUUAAAGCGGUCACUCAAUGGUUUAGUUCCGUUGACCGAGGCUGAAUUUGAGGAGUUUCUUGAAACACAAUCGGUUGAGAGUAUAUCAGGAUCUGAAGAUUCCGAUUCCGAUUCAGACAUUGAGUUUGAGCAACGGCUUCCGACAGUCUUUGAGAAACUAUCUGUAAAUGAAAACAAGAUGGAGGAACUAGAGGAGAGCCAUGCAAGUCACAUGAACACGCACUCGCCGUUUGUCAUACUUAAGUCCUCAAAAUUAGAGAGUUCAAAGGGCUUUGGUGCUUACAAAGCCCUAUUCGAUAACACUACUCUAAGCAAUGGUGAUAUCGUGGAAAAAUUGAAAAGCUACAACUCUGCCAAGUCUAAGCAAGGAAUUUCUGUUCUUUUGAUGAUCGGAGGGGGUCAUUUUGCUGGCGCAGUGAUCUCUCAUAAGCUUGCAAACACCAAGGGAAACAUCAAAAAUCACAAAGAGUCACUACAGGCUCAGAGAGUUACGGUGCUCGAGCUGAAGACAUUUCACCGUUACACGACCAGGCGUAAACAGGGUGGCUCUCAAAGUGCUUCAGAUAAUGCUAGAGGCAAGGCAAACUCGGCUGGAUCAAGCAUUCGUAGAUAUAACGAGCAGGCCUUAAAAAAGGAUGUGCAUGACUUGCUUUCAUCAUGGAAAUCAUACUUGACACAAGCAGAGCACAUCUUCAUCAGAGCCAACGGCACUGACAGCAGAAAAACCUUAAUGGGCUAUGAAGGAAGCAUUUUGAAUCAGGAUGAUCCAAGGGUCAAAUCCUUUCCGUUCACAACAAAGCGAGCUACUCUUGGUGAAGUAAAGAACUCUUGGGUAAAGCUCACGUAUCUCAGCGUAUUGGACCUUCCAAAGGCAAAAACGAUUGUCGAAAAGCAGACCAAAGAGGAAAAAAAACUAAAGACACCGGAACCUGCCGAGGAACCGGAUUCCGACAAACAUUCUCGAGAGGUCGUAGCGCUUUUGAAGAAGUCUAAAGCCCCACUCUUGGUGAAUUAUAUGAAAAGCAAUGACUUAGACAUUAACUUCAUACUUACCCCGGAGAGUCGCUAUGGUCAUACGCCAACACCUCUUCAUUAUGCGGCAUGGCAAGGCCUUCAACGUAUGGUAAAACUACUUUUGAUGAACAUGAAAGCAGAUCCUACAAUGUACAACAUCAGUGGAAAAACUGCAUAUCAAGUCAGCACUUCUAAGGAUAUAAAGAGUGUGUUCCAAAUUUGCAGGCAUAACUUGGGAGAGGAUUACUGUAACUGGGAUCUGGCUAAAGUAGGACCACCAAAAUCCAGCGAACUGGUUGCUGCUGAAAACGCAAAGGAAAAAGAGGCACAAAAAGCCGAAAACAGACGCUUAAUUGAAGAAGAACUAGCAAAAAAGACUGAUCUAGAGAUGAAGAGACCCACAGUCCAAUCUAGUGGGAGAGUUGGUGGGGAAAAAGUGUUUACCUCUGUGGCGGAAACAAGUGGGUUGACAGACCAACAGAAAAUGAGAUUGAUGCGCGAACAGAGAGCACGGGCAGCCGAAGCAAGAAUGAAGAGAGGUGGACAAUAGAUCAAUUGAAUGUGUGAAUAUUGUAGAAGCCUUUGAGGUGUUUUGUCCCGUGUAGCCCCACUGACCACGAUGAAAGUUAGGAAGAUUCAUGGUUAUAUGAGGCCAAUUUGAGAUGAAAUUAGGUACACUCCUCUUUUCAAAAAAAAAAAGGCCAAUUGUCGGGAAAUUGCCUUUCAAAUUAGGUUUUUUUUUUUUUUUGACUGCGAUGAAAGGGUGUACAGUAAUAAGAAUGUGAGAAGGUGUCAAAUUUGACGUUAAAAGAAAGGUGCAUCCUAUUAAUCAUCUGUACGAAAUAAGAGUGAGUGUCUGCAAUAUAAAUUGUCAAUUUUUUGACGUCGAUUUUAUAUAUAGUUUCUCAAGUGUGCUUUCAUAUUCAAAUAUUCGGC